GCUUGUGGACGCGCCAUCGUCGAGAUGAUGUUCCACGAAGAGGACGAGGACGACGAGGGGCUGACGGGACUGGGGCUGCGCCGCUCGCAGCGGAUCGCUGGGAGGUCCAGCGCGGCCCCCCGAGAGGAGCGCGAGGAGGACCCCGCGCGGUCGAGGAGCCGGACUCUCAGGUCGGCGCCGGGCCACGCGACCAGCGAGGCUCAGGGCAAGGAGCGGAGCGCAGCCAGGGGUGCCGAGAGGCCGGCGCCGGACACGGGCGGGGGCCUCCUGGGGUCGGCGCCGGGCACGGCGGGCGGCGCGAGGUCCGCGCCGGCCAGUGCGGGCGGCAGGGCCACGCCGGGCACAGCGGGCGGAUCGCGGUCGGCGCCGGGCACGGCUGGCAGUGCCAGGCCCUUGCCGAGCACGCCCGCGCUCGGGGAGAUGCCCGAGCUCGACCCGCGGCGCCCCCCGCCCGCCGGAGGGUGCCGGAGCACGGCCCCAUGAGCCUGGAAGGCUCCCGGAAAUUCUACCAGGCCUGGAUGGACAGGUUGGUGGCCCGCAGUCGCAGCACCGGCCCCGCGGCGUGCUACUCGGGGAGGAGGCACCGCGGGAAGCAGAGCGUCGCGGAGGUCGUCCGCAGCCGCGAGGAGCGCCUGAGGGAAGCGCUGUCGCGGCGCGAGGAGGCCAUCCGCGGCGCUCUGGAGCAGGAGGUCGCCAUCCUCAGAGACAAGUCGCACGACCUCACGCUCGUCUACAACGAGGGGCUCCUCGCGUUCGAGGAGGUGAAAGGGCUGUGCGACAGGGCGAGAGAGGAUCGCAGGAUGCAGCACAAGGCGCACAAGGCCGCCGCCCGCACCGCCCUCCUGGAGGCCGCCGAGAAGGCCGCGGAGGAGGACCAGUCGGAGGAGGACCAGUUCGAGGAGGUCGAGGCGCCCGUGCCUGCGAGGCUCGCGCCCGCGCCGGCAGGCCGCGGGCGCGGGCGGCCCAGGCCAGCUGAGGCCCCGGGGCGGCCCGAGACCUCGGCGGCGGGCGGCGGGAAGCGCAGGCCGAAGCAGGCCGGCUCCGCGGCGCUGCUGCCUCCGCAGGCCAAGCCGCGGUCGAGCAGCUUCGACCCAGGCGGCGCCAGCCCGGGGGUCGUGCCGCCCGAGGCCAUCCCCGGCGUCGACACGCCGCGCUCCGCGGCCGGGGAAGCUUCCCCGGACGUCGCGCCUUUCGUGGAGUAUGUCGGCGCGCCUGUUGGGAAGGGGAUGAAGGUGCCAAGUGGUCUCUGGGGGAUCUCGACCACGGACGUCAUGACGCGAGGGCGCACUCGCCAGAUCUAG